CAUUGAGAAAAGGACAGCUCUCUACACGUAUACUAAGUUUUGAGGGAGAAAGACAGAGCUCUUAAAUUUCUUUUAGUAAAACUAUAUAGCAGCAAGCUAAUUUGUUUUUUCUUUAUACUGUUUUAUAAAUUUACUUUUUUUCUCUACGGGACUGAAAAUAUGGCUCAAGACGAGUCACUCUGUAAUAAAUCAACAGAACUACCUGAGCAAACUGUGACCUCUUAUGCACUAAAUAUCUUUGCAGUUAUUUUGUCACUUCUGAUAAUAUGUGGGAAUCUUCUUGUAAUCAUCUCUGUCAUUUACUUCAAACAGCUGCACACUCCAACAAACUACCUCAUCCUCUCUCUGGCUGUGACUGACCUGCUUGUUGGAGCUUUAGUUUUGCCUUUCAGCACAAUACUGUCUAUGACUUCAUGUCGAUAUUCUAGUUAUUUACUUUGUAAAACUCGAGGUUUGUUGGAUAUAUUGCUAUGUGUAUCAUCCAUUUUAAACUUGUGCUGUAUAUCUAUAGACAGGUAUUAUGCAGUAUGCCAUCCUUUAACAUAUACAAGUAAGAUGAAUGUUCGUGCUACUUUGAUUAUGAUCUUGGUGAGCUGGACUCUUUCUGCUCUGCUUGCUAUUAGCAUUAUAGUACGGGGGAUAACACCACAAAAUCUAGGCCAGAGGUGUGAUUUAUUUACACCCACAAAGGGAUUUAGUCUUGAAACGAUUUUUGAAUUUUACAUUCCUGCAAUUAUAAUUUUAACAAUAUAUUUUAAGAUUAUGAUGGUUGCAAAGAGGCAAGCAAGGAGCAUCAGGAACUCUGUAAAUUGUGAAGCUGCUUUCAGUAAGAUGGAGAAAAAAGCCAACAUAACUCUGGCUAUAGUGCUGGGAGUCUUCCUCAUAUGUUGGACUCCUUUCUUUUUGUCACUGGGUUUAUACAGCAUGGGAAUAUUCACAAUACCAGUUGUGGCUAUUGAAGCAUUCAAAUGGCUUGGAUGGUCCAAUUCUAUGUUAAAUCCCCUGGUUUAUGCUUUCUUCUACAGUUGGUUUAGACAUGCUUUUGAAAUGAUUAUAUCUGGUAAAAUAUUUCAAGCGGAUUUUUCCAGUACAAAGCUGUGAUGUGAAUAAGUGUUAAUCAGUUCUAAUUACUAGUAUGAUCAAUCUAGAUUCAUGUGAACUCAAAUGUAAGACUUUUUAAGACUUUUUGCCUAAGUGAGAGUUUUUGAUUAUACACAAGCCUGGUUAUUUCAAUCUU